AUGGCUGCAAAUUUUAUGAACAAAUCAGAAAAAAAAAAAAAAGAUGAUGAUGAGACCAAAUACCCUAUGAUGGUAAACCUUUCGACAGCCAUUCCAACAGAAAAUAUUGGUAACAACUCCAUCAAUCACGACUACUCUGAACAUACAAUGCAAAUCACCCAAGCUAUACCUACAAGGACAGAGUAUGCACAAAACAUGGCAGACUUCGUAAUCAAUCAAGUUGAAAAUGCAAUUGAAACAAGCCAGCAAGCAACAAGUCAGGUGAUCUCAGAUCCUCAUGUUGAUAACAUAUUUGUUGGACAAGUUUUUUCAAACAAAGAAACUCUACAAAAUCUUUGUCGAUCAUACUCUAUAAGAAGAAAUCAACCCUUCAAGGUAAAGAGAUCCUCCAAACUUGACUAUAAGCUAGUUUGCAUCGAUGAAAAUUGUACAUGGAGUUUCUUGGCAUCAAAACAUGGAAAAACAAACAUGUUCAAAAUCAGAAAGAUUCAGCAUUCUCAUACAUGCUCAAUAGAUGUCACAUCUGUAGACCAUCCUAAUGCAACAAGCAACCUGAUUGGUAGUGUAAUAAGAACCAAAUUUGUAAAGCCAAAGAGAGACUACACACCAAAUGAAAUAGUGGAUGACAUGGCAGAUGACUAUUGUGUCUCCAUAUCUUACCAAAAAGCAUGGAGGGCUAGAGAAAAAGCUAUUGUAGAUGCAAGAUGCUGUCCACACGAAUCGUACUCUGAAAUACCAAGAAUCUUAUACAUGAUGGAAAAAUGCAACCCAGGAACAAUCACAGACCUUGUCACAGACGAAAAUGGCCACUUCAAAUACCUAUACUUCGCAAUAGGUGCUUCCAUCAAAGGUUGGCAACACUGCAAUCUAAUAAUAGUCACAGAUGGUACUUUCUUAAAAAAUCAACAUGGUGCAGCAUUAUUAAUAGCUAGUGCACAAAAUGCAAAUAGACACAUAUUUCCACUAGCAUUUGCAAUAGUAGACUCUAAGAAUGACACUUCAUGGAACUGGUUCUUCAGCAAGCUAAAAGAAUCAUACAGUGAAAGAGAAGGGCAGUGCAUUAUUUCAGACAGACAUGAAAGUAUUGCGAAAGCAGCAAAUACAAACUUCUCAAACCUCAUGCAUGGGGUUUGUUGCUACCACUUGCUAAAAAAUAUCAAGACCAAGUUCAAAAAUGGUGGAGAUGAACUCAAGAAUGCAUUCAAUGGAGCUUCCAAAGCUUACAAUGCUGCUGAAUAUGAAAAAAAAAACAUGAGAGAUUUAGACAAUAUUCAUAGCGGCAUAAGAGACUAUCUGGUCAACGAAGUUGGAAACAGUAAGUGGACAAGGUUAUACAGCCAAAACAAGUGA